AUGUCAUACGAUGACAUGGUCGAGCUGUUUCUGCAGCACAGUGGCGACGUACGGUAUGUAAUAAACCGCACAUCGAUCAAUACGCAUUCAUGUGUCGAUCUGUGUGUGCCUCCGAUCAGUGUGCGGGGCCAAGACAACAAGACCGCCCUUGAUCGUGCGUUGACGAUGGACCAGACCGACCGCCCAGAGCUCGUCAAGCACUAUCCCGCCCUCAAGCUCCACCCACUGGACAUGCCCGGCAGCAAGGACACGAAGCUCUCCGAGUGGAGGCAGCGGAUGCAGCGGAUCCGCCAGCUGCUCCAGGACCACAUGCGCGACCAUCCCGUCGACGAGGCGGCCGAGCAAGACGCGGGCGAGGCGCUGCGUGCCAAGGGCAAUGACGCCUUCAAGGACGGCCAGUACGAAGAUGCGCUCAAUCUGUAUGGCCAGGCGCUCAAACACGCGCCAAAUGACCACCGUAUCUACUCUAACAAGGUGGACAGGCAGACAGGCAGGCAGGCACGCCGCCUGAAUUUUGCGCAUCCGUGUUGCUGCCUGAAUGUUGCGAUGGGUCUUCCAGAAAUGUCCAUGGUGUGUAUGGCUUUCAUUCAGGCGGCGUGUCACCUGAAGCUGCACGACCCUCGUCCUGAUGCUGAGGACCGGACGGUCAUGUGCAUGCAGGACGCCAUGGCCUCCACAACACUCCAACCCGAUUUCGAAAGGUCCGUCACUGACUGCACAGGCUCGGCUCAUCCCUCGCUGUGUGUUGCGGUGCGUCUGUCCCUUGUUGUGUAGGGCUUGGGAGAGGCGCGUGCUCGGGCAGAUGUAUGCCAACGAUUUCAUGAGAGCCAAACUGCACGUAUGGGCACACGGACACACAGGCUCACUCUCACUGAAAGACGAAGAUUCAUUCUGUCUGUCUGUCUGUCUAUCUGUCUAUCUGUGUGCGUGUCUGUGUGCCGCAGUGUGUGCUGGGUCUGCGGGCGUGCGGCGGUCCGCACAAGGCGCUUAAGCUGGUGGAGAUGUUCAGGGACUUCCAGAGGCAUGGCGUGCCCGACCACUUCAUCCAGGAAAAUGGACCCCAGGACUAUCGGGCCAUGCAGGAGCAAGCGCAGCGCUUCUACCCACUCUUUGCGGUCAGUACGCGUCUGCUGGGUUUGAUUUGUUGA